AUGGGCGUUCACCUGCCGGGGUUCCUGUGGAGAGCCAGUGGAGUGAGGAAGGCCCGCGAGAGCGGUGUGCGCACGCGUCAGGCCCACGCGUCAGGCCUCGGGCGCUUCUGCGGUCCGGCGCGACCUCACAGCUGCUCGGGGCUGGCGCCCAGCGAGAGCUUUGCCACCGCCUCGGGGCGGGGUGGGAGAGACGGGGCGCGCCAAGACUGUUCCGUUGCCGCGAGUGGGGCCUGCGCCCUAGUCGCGCCGCACCGGCCUCUCGGCCGUGCCUCCCCUGUUGUGGGGCCGGGUCUCUGUGACUGUGGCUCGCGGGACGCAGUUGCCCCGGACACGUGGAAGCCUCUGGGCCAGGGACCGAACCUCUGUCCCCUGCAUCGGCAGGCUCACGCGAAGCCACUGGACCUGGGCAUGGGGCUGAAUCUUUGA